AUGACCAAGUCGUCGAGGUCGUGGUCUGAGGAAACAUUAGAAGACCCCUCCUCACCAACAACCCACACAAGCACAUCCUUCAUGAGCCUCCCGCCCGAGAUUCACGUUAUGAUCAGCCAGCAGCUCAUCUACCCAGACGCGCUGUCCCUGAAGCACACCAGCCGCUAUUUCUACAACUUCGUCGACACCGGCGUGUGGUUGAAGGUAGACUGGCUCAUGGAGCGCCGCAUGCUACUUCUGGACUGUCCGAAAGACAGGAAAUGCAUCCUCCGUACGGACCGCGAAUUUUGUAGGGACACCGUCAGUAUACUCAUGCAGAGGCGGCGAGAACACCUCGAGUGCGAGUCGCGGCCGGGCCUAGGCUGUCUCAUUUACAACACGCCCCAGUGUACGCACCGGAGAGACUGGAGGAGGAUAUGGGCUCGCAGGAUGAGGCGGCAGAACACCAGCGAAAUCUGGUGGGUCCUGCUGGCAGCCAUUCCGCUCUUGAUGGGCUGGCUCUGGAUGACUGAGUUUGUCUGUUGGGCGCUGGCUUGA